AUGUCGAAAAUUUAAAAACAAAAUACUGUACAACUUAAUUUAUAGAAUGUUUAACAGUUUAUUCCUACCCAUUAAAAUUAAGUUGGACCUUAGAUCGGGAGCAAUUCGCCUAAACCUCCAUUAUACUCAAAAUUAAACAAAUCACCAAAAGGAGAUAGUUCAUUUAGAGUAAUUUCACCGAAAAUAAUAAUUAACCAAACUAAUUCAUAAAGAUCAAUAAGCAAGAGCAGUAGUCCGAUAGAAAAGCAAAUGUCUGAACCAGAUAAUCUUCAUUACUUAGAAAAUCAAAAUGACGCAGUAAUUGAGGAUAAUUAAAUAAAUGCUCCAGAUGUCUAAUAAAUACAUUAGAUAAAGUAAAAACUAAUGAAUAUGGGCGAUGAAAUAUCAAGAUUUCAUCUAGUUGACAUUAAUUUAAAGGUUCUCAAAAAAUGGCAUAAUGAAUUAUUAUAAGAAACUAAAGCGAUGAUAAAGUUAAAUAAAAAUGUCAUCAAUUUAUCACAAACCAAAAUAAUAUCCCCAAGGCCAAAUUAAGUGAAAAAGGUUUCAAGCAAUGAAUUAUUAGAGAAAUUAUAAACUGAAUAAAAAAAACGAUUAGAUGCAGAAGAAUAAAGUGGUAGAAUACUCUAAGAUUAAGAGAAGUACAUUUAAGUUCUGAAUGAAAAACUGUUUCAACUUGAAUAAUAGUAUUCAAAAAAGAAAGCCUGA